GUCCGCUGAAUGGUUCGCUCCGCCGCUGCAGGUCUGCUUCGUGCAGCCUCGUCGCUAUCAGCCGGAGGAUCGAGUCCAGUGUAUGUGUGUGUGCGUGUUUGUCUCCCGCUGUAUGUGUCGGUAUCGGCCCUGAAAUGAACGAGGAGUCCGCUCCUCAGAGACGGACACCGGGGGGAGGACUCAGACUGUCCCGGGACGCCUGUUACAUCUGCGAGCUGCGGGUUAUUAUCACCGAUCACCGGCAGUAAUGACCGGUAAUGACGCCUCGCGGUGCGGCUCGUGUGUCCGUGACAACCGGGGGAUGGUGCCGAGGAGCGCGCGGUGCUGUGGAGGAAUCCUGAACACAUCCCACGUUUAAUACGUGACGAGACAGUGACAUUAGUGGGGAGAUGCGCCAUGUUCCCGAUGCACCUGCACCUCAACGGUGAUCCUGGGCUGAUGGAAAACCUCUCAGUGACGGUCCCAGCAUUUAUCAGUCUGCUUUACCUCACCGUGCUACCAAGAGUCACAUGUGCGACCAUUCUCCACCAGCCUGAUCACUGCUUCCUCUACCUCAUCUUUAAGCCAAUGAAUCAAAUGCCAUUGAAAGGACCAGUGUCAUGAGAAGCUUAACCCCACAUCAGAUGCUUUUAUCUGGACACGAGUGUGUUUUCUUCACACUGAGGAUCACAGGAAGUGCUGGAGCCAAAGCCCAGCUGACAUUUGUGAGAGGUGGGGUACACCCUGGACAAGUCACCUGCCCAUCACAGGGAAACAACCAUUCACGCUCAAUUAACCUAACCACAAUCUGCAUGUUUUAAUACUGUGGAAGGAAGAGAAAAACUCCACCAAGAAAGACCCCAGCCUCACCGUGAUUCAAACUGGGAGGCGACUAACCCAGUGUCUUCAAGUGACAGCAAAUCUCUUCAUUUGCACCUACAUCAUCAUAGACCUGUGGAAUGCUUGAUCUCAAGAUGAAGGAGACGUGUCGCAUUUGUGGCCGGGAGCUCUGUGGCAACCAGAGGCGAUGGAUCUUCCACCCCACCCCCAAGCUCAACCUCCAGGUGCUGCUGUCCCAUGCCCUGGGGCAAGAGCUGACCCGGGACGGCAGAGGGGAGUUUGCCUGUUCCAAGUGCACCUUCAUGCUGGACCGCAUGUACCGCUUCGAUACGGUCAUCGCCCGUGUGGAGGCCCUAUCCAUCGAAAGGUUGCAGCGGCUCCUGCAGGAGAAACACCGGCUGAGGCAGUGCAUCGGCGGACUCUACCGGAAAACUAACUCAGAAGAGGGUACAGUUUCUGUUGGUGGAGGUAAUGAAGUGCCAGGAGAUGGCAUGGUGGACAUUUCGGGUCUCACUCAUGCAAAGUACUGUGCCCUGCUCCAGGAUGACCUGGUCUACUCUUUGUACGAGUCCUGGGCUGACGACAACCUAGACUGUCAACAUCACCACCACCCGCAGUGUCCUGCAGGCCCGGGGUCAGAGAUUACAGUUGCUGGCUCCCAGCGCUGUUUGCCCAGCACUCCCAGGAGGUGUCGAGGAUGUUCCCACUGGCGGGUGGCAGACUCUGACUAUGAAGCUGUUUGUAAGGUGCCCAGGAAGUUGGCAAGGAGCAUUUCAUGUGGACCAUCAACAAGAUAUUCAGCCAGUUUUAUCGGAGUAGGAGGUGGUGGAGAAAAAGACAGACUAAGUGUUGACGAUUCAGAAGAACCCCCCUCCUCUCUAACUCUGGUCCCUGGUUCGCAGGACCCCUCAAGGACAUCAGACAGUGAUCGCACCCUGGCCGGACAUUCCAGCUCCAGCCACUCUGUAGCAUCCCUAGAGGUAGCUGAGGAAUACAUCCAGUCUGGAGUCAUAACAGAUGGUCCUCUGAGCUCCCCCAAGGACCCCACAGAUGACCAGAUAUUCGACUCCCUCUCUGAUGAGCACAUGGGAGCCCCACAUGGUCAAGCCUCACCUGGGCCCAGCCUCUCUCUGGCCCUCUGUUUGCUGCAGAGCUGUGCCAUCUACCGGCCAGUCCGGAGCUCUAAGGGGAGCAAGCUACCAGUGCUGCUCCGGCAGAGCACCAGAAACGGAGGCAUGAGGCUGGGAUUCCCUGAUCCUGUCCUUGGAAUUUCGUAUGGAACUCCAAACAGAGAAAGUUACAUCCGAAUGCCAACACCUGAGCUGGAGUCCCCUCUGAUCAGACUGGAUCAGAACUUCAACCCAAAUGACAUGGAGGAUAUAUUAGAAGAUUUGUACAAAGAGUACCCUCGCCCACCUCCACACCAGAGUCUUGUUGAGGAGCAGCAAAGCCAGCUGAACCAGUAUGAGUGUGCGGCCGGUCAGUGUGUCAGCGAGCUGCAGAAGGCCCAGCUCCACGUUCAGUCUCUGCAGGCCAAGAUCCACGAGAGCGAGGCAAACAAUAUGAAGCUGCAGGAGAACCUGAAAGAGAUGGAGUUUGAGCUGCGUUCACUCCGCCAGGCAGCUCACAGUCAGGAAAGAACAAUCCAGGACCUCACGGAGUCAAUGAGCACAAAAGACAGUGAGGCUCAGGAGCUGUAUCAGAUGAUUGAAGGGCAGAACGCCACGCUGUGCAAGCUGCAAGAAAUAGUCCACCGCAACCAGCUCUCUCAACGCAAGGUUCCAGAGGGGGCCAGUGAGUCCUUGACGCUCGCCCAGCUGCAGACUGAGCUGGUGGGGGUGCAGAGCUCCCUGUUCUCCCUUGGUCUGGAACUGGAGUCCAGCCAGAGGAGUCUUAGACAGAGCCAGCGGCAAGGAGACGACUUAGUGAGAUUCAAGGACAGACUAAACUCUGAUCUGCAGGAGGCGCUGCAGCACCGGGAGGUCACGGAAAAACACAACCAGGACCUGCGCUGUGCACUCCAGAAAACUCGCUCUGAGUUGCAGGCUAAAGAAGCAGCUCUGAAGGGGAGCGAAGCAGAGAAACUCGCUGUGGUGCAGGAAAAAGAAACAGGCAUCGCGCAGCUCAAACACUGCCUGAAGGACAAGGAGCAACAGUUAGAGGAGUACUCAGACAUGUUGGAUUCAACAGCAAGCUCCAAAUCAAGAGAUGCUCUGCUGGAGAAACUUAGAGAGCGUAUUAAAGACAGAGACAGAGCUCUGGAG